AUGGAAUUAGAAAAUCUGAAUAAAAAUCAGGUUUAUAUACUCCAGAGAUUCGCAAAGAAAGCAAUUCAUAAUUUCAAGUUUAGGAAAUACAAAUGCGCUGUUAAAAUCCAAAGAUUAUUUCGUUAUUAUUUAUAUAAGAAGCAACUAAAUGAAUAUAUUAAGUCAAGAGCAGCCAUUAAAAUACAAAGAUUCUGGAGAACUAUUUUACGCCAGAAUAGUGAAUCAGAAGAACGAAAAAGAAAAAGAAAAAUUAUAACAGGAACUUUAAAUGCAGAUCUAAACGGAACUGGAAUACCACAUCGUUCAAAACGUCGAUUUAUUGUACCAGAACUUCCACCUCCAUGGAAAGAUCAAAAUAUGAGAAAAUUUCGAGAUGAUCAGAUAGAUGCAAUGCUAAAAGAACGAGAAUCAUUAUACAAAUGGGCAUACAAUCUUGUAUCAAGUAUACCUAAGAAAUUAUUUAACAAAUUUGAUAUGAUCGAUCAAAUCAAAAGCAAAAAUACAGAAUUUAUGAAUAGACAAGUGCAAUCUAACUUCUAUUUGUUUACGCCAUACUACAGACAUAAUAUUCCAUUUGCAAGAUGGUUCUAUUUUCAUGAACCUUCAUACAGAUUAUUUGUUGUUUGCAGAAAGAGUGUUUCGAUGCUUACAAUUCAUGAAAAUGAAACAGAUAAUGAAUCAUUUCAUAUUGAAGCCGAUGCAAAUUUAAUUGAUUCUGCAUUCGACAAAUAUUGCGGCAGAAUUUAUCUUUUGUUUGAUGAUUGGACAAUUUCCGUUUUUGAACAUGGAAACUUUAUCAAACCAAAGAGAAUAUUGUCCAAACCAACUCUUCUCUGCCAAAGGAAGUAUCUUUAUGUCGAUAAAUUUGGAUAUCUUUGGCUUUAUUGUGGAGUCACUCGUUCUAAUUAUGUUUUAUUAGAUGCUUUGACAUUUUCACCAUUAUUAGAUCAACACAUCAAAUUACCAGAUGAAUUACCACUUGGAGAGAUCAUUCCUUUGUUCACAAAUGGAAAUCCAAACGGAUAUAUCGUUUACGAUAUCAAAUAUUCGAAACCAUAUCUCAUGAACAGAUUCUGGGAAAUAACUUAUGACAAAUUUAAUGACUAUGGUGAUGAAAACACACAAAUCUUCAUUUCCAAGGAAUUUCUUGUUAAAUAUGGCGGAAAUAGCUGUUAUUUUGUGAUAUAUGAUAGGAAUGGAGAGAAUAUUACUAAGAGACAAACAAUUAAAUUCGAAAGUCCUGUCAUAAGUGUUCAAUACAACAGAAGGAGACAACUUUGGAUUCUUGGAAUGACAAAUGCAAAGAUAAAGAUUUUGGCAUUGGCAAGAAAACAGUACCAAGUUGUCAUUCCAAAAGAAAACAUUGAUCCAAAACUCCAACCAUUAUAUGAAGAAACAUUCGCAGAAAUAUUAAGCCGUCCAAAGUACGGAAAAGAUGAUUUCGUUGAAAUUUGGGAACACAGAAUGAUUUCUCCAGCAAAUUAUCUUAGAGUUAUUCAAUUCUCUACAACAACAUUUUUGGUUGUUACUUGCUGCACAAAUGGAGAUGUGAAUUUCAUUUUCAUGGUUAUAAUUGAAUAUCCUGUGAAAGCAUAUCAAGUUCCAUUGAUGAAAUUACCACCAUUUUUCACAUCUCCGCAUGUAAUUUGCAGAAGAAUCUUUGACGAAGACUUCUUCAAAGUUUAUCCACUUGUUACAAGAUCAAGAGUUCAGUUUGAUCGUGAUGCUUUGUAUAAUCAACAAAUCAGCGCUGAAGUUGAAAAGAGAUAUAAUUUAUAUAGACUCAAAUCAACACCAAAUCCAGAAUAUGCAAAGAUAAUGUUGCAAAGCCCUUAUAGAAGAUGGAUCAAGUAUUUGACAAUCUUCAAAGAUACCUUGUCUGUUUAUGAACUCUAUAACAUCAUUUCUAAAACAAUGAUGAUGAAUCCUUCAAUUGAUACAACAGAUAAAUUCAUUCAUUUAUUGAUUUCAAGAACAAAUAUGAAGAAUUCAGCAAGUGUUGGAAAGUACAAAUGUUUGUCAGGAUUGACAUUUAAUACUCAAGAUAUCAUCAUUGGUUUAGAGGCAGUGGCAACACUUUUGUCUUCUGAAUUGAAAGACUUCAACAUUUUCAGAGAAAAUAUCCAAACUUUGGAUUUGACUUUCCCAGCAUUUUACAUGAAAUCUGCUGCCAAUGAAUACAAUGCAUAUGUUAUUCAUAGGCUGAACGAGAUCGAAAACAUCAUCAAAAACAGAAUCAAGAUGUCUGGAAGUCCUCCCGCUUUGUAUCUUAAGAAACAAACGAAAUUUGUUGUUAUUCCAGACAUUUAUCCGGAGAUUUCGAAGCCAAUUAUGCUUCCAAAGUUAAUCGAGAAACCAUAUGGAUUAACUCCAAAUCCAUUGUUCGAAGCAUACAGAUACAGAUCACACAGAGAUUUUGACAUCCCAUCGAAUAAUGUCAAAUAUUGCUCUUAUGACAAAGAAAUCGAAAAUGCGGAGAUUAUUCCUCUCAAAGAAGAAAUUCCAAUUGACGAAUUAAGUAUCAAUAGAGGAAUGGGACAUAUCAAUCAAUGCCCCAGCAUUGUUUGUAUCUCGAAAGAUGGAAUGCAGUUGAUGCAGCAAUAUCCGACUGGAUAUGUUCCUUUGGCUUAUUUCCUUGAAAGUGAUCAUUUCACAAGAGGAAAUCCUCAGAAUUUCUUAGUUGCAAGAUAUUGGUUGAUGCAGAUAUUGAUUAUUAUUGGAUCUUUGCAUAAAAUGAAGAUUGUUUUGAGGAGCUGUCUUCCUUCCAAUUGGAUCAUCUCCCAAGAUGGAUCAACUGUCCAAUUAUUAACUUUGGCAGAUGCAAAAUUCCCUGGAACGAAACCUCCAGAUUUGCAUUGGAAAGAAAAAUUUGAAUAUUUCCUUCCACCAGAAUACUUUGAUGAAAAACAAUACACAUCAGCAUUUGAUAUUUAUCAAUUUGGUGUUUUGCUGCUUAUAAUUUUCACUGGUCAAGUUCCUUCUUCUUUCCAUGCUGUCCUAAAGAAAUAUCAGAAAUACAAGAAAGUUGAUAUCAUCCAAAUUCUCAAGUCUCCUCUGUUCUACUAUGAUCCAAUUGAAUCUUUAGAUUUUCAUCCAUUUCCAUUCUUCACAGCAAAGAAUGAUGUUCUUCACAAAUUGCUCGAAAUUGAUAGCAUUACAAGUCUCUUUGAUAUUGUUACUGCUUGUCUUGAUUUCGAUCCAGAAAGAAGGCCAACUGUGAGACAAUUAUUAGAUCAUCCAUUCUUCAAUAUUCCAUUAGGAUUAUGCAACAGAGCCAAAGCAAACGCUGUAAAUAUUGUUCACAGUACACCUUACUCAAUAUUUGUCAGCGCUAUAUUUGGAAAUCUUUGCAAUCAUAUCGAGAAUGAACUGAAAAUCAAUCCAGCUUCAGCACCAACUCUCUUGACAGCUGUUAACAUUUUAGACGCAUUUAUCAAUCCAACUGAUUCUAACAUUCCUUUCCCAAUUGAAAACCAUUCAACUGCAACAAUUGUCAAUGAAGUUUUUGAUCAAGAAUACUUCGAUAGAAUUGUUAAUUAUGUUAUCAACUGUUUAAGUUUAAGAUUUGAAAGAGGAGAAGAUGUCAAAGAAGAUGCUGCUUUUUCAGCUGUUUUGCAUUUAUUCCAUCAAUUCUUCAGAUCAAGAGUUAUUUCAAAUGAUUUAUUCAUUAGAGUUUUUCCAAGUUUCAAGAGAAUUGCAACUGGAAUUUGGGGAUGGCAUGAAUCUCAUGUUCUUUUUGCUUUUCUACAUCAACAAAUGAAACCAUUAGUUGAUUUCUUCUUCCUCAAAUUAUCGCCAGAUGUUCAUAAGAAGAUGGGAGUUUCUGAGUUUUAUUGCAAGAAUUUUGUUCAAUUUUAUGAUAAUCUUCGAGAUUUCUCACUUGCGUUUGAAGAGAAAAGUAUCAAAAGAUACACUUCUGCUUUAUCUUUCAUGAAGAUAUUCAUCGAAGCGUACAGAAAUGAUGAUACAAGGCAGUUGUUGUUUGAUUUUGGAAUUUCCCAUAAAAUUGAACAAUCAUUAGUUUUCUCAAUUCCACCAGUUAGAUUGGCUGCAUUAGAACUUUGUAGUGAAAUGCUUUCAUUUAAUGCUCCAGAACUAUAUUGUGAUUUCAUUUUCACAACAUUUGCAUAUCAUAUCGAAUCUGGCGUUCAACCAUUUGCUGAGAAGCAAUCAAUGAUUGAAUUAACGAGAAGAUUUAUGCUCUCUAAAUCUUUCAAUGUAAUUUUAUCAAUGAUGAGAUCAGGAAUAAUCGAAGCUUUAUUAAGUUGCACGAGUUCAUCAGUUCCAGAAUAUUCCCAAUAUACAGUUUGGGGAUAUAAAGAAGAACUUCCGAUUUUCAGACAAGCAAGAAGCGCAUUAACUGAUAUUUUCAAUAAUGGAAUUUCUUCAAUAUAUGCAGUUGUCAUUAAUUGCCCUGAUAUUGUUGACCAAUUAGAAUCCCUCAACAUUAUAAGCUUCGAUGCAAAGAACUUUAGUUCUAUGAUAAAGAACAUCGAAACUAAUAAUGUUAUUGAACCAACAUUAAUUACAACAAUGUCAGUUGCUGAAGUUUCUCCAAUCAGUAUUGUUACUUCGAUGACAGGACAAACAUCUCAGGCAUUCCAGGAAUCAAUGACUGUUGUUGCUAAAUAUCUUGUUCGAACUGGUGUCAAAGAAGUUUCAUUACUGAAAAGCGUUAUCUCUAUUUGGGAAAAUCACAAAUGGGAUUUAUAUACUCCUUUAUUUGAUUUCAUCAAUCGAGAAUUUGCAAAUUCAAACAGACAAGAUUGUGUCCAUUUAAGUCUGAAGAUUUUGCAAAGACCGACACUUCCAGAAAGCUUUUUGACCAUUCCAAAAGCAUUCAUUAAUUCUGCUAGGACAGCAUAUGAAAAGAUAAAAGCUGCUGUUAAAAAGCGAAGUGUUGACAUGAGCAUUGUUGAAAACUAUCCGAGUGAAAGAAAAUGGAGGAUGACAAUGCUUUCGGCAAUCUUGACAUGUACCGAUAGAAGAGUUCCAUUAGUUCUUUAUGACGAAGGAUUUGCAGAUUUCAUUAUAGAAUGUCUUAAUACUCCUGUCAAACUUGAAGUUAAUUUGAGAGUUGUUCCUACAUCAUUUUCAAAUUACAACAGGACAUAUCAAAUCAGGAAUGAAGCCAUCCAGUUUAUUCGCAUUGUUUGCACGAAAUCAAGACAUGGGGAUUCCGUUUUAUCAAGUUUGGUUUCUCGAGUUCGAAAUGGUGGUCUUUUACAACGUGAGGCUGAUAUGCUUCGUAAAAUAGAAGAUCGAGAAUAUAGGAAGACAUGUAUUUCACUAUUACAGGUUCUCUCUGAUUCAGAAGAGUACUUCAACAUCAAUUCUAUCAUUGUCAACUCAGAUUUUCUCAUGGAGUUGAAAGAAGAGACACUCGUUGAUUGGGAGAAAUUCCAAAUUCUGAAAAAUGCAUGGAAUAAGAGCAUGGAUAAUGUUAUUAAUGUUUAUGGAAGAAUCAAAUGUCUUUAUGACUCCAUUGAAUAA